AUUGGUCAUGAAGUAUUAAGUUCACGGUCAGUACAACAUGAAGUUCUCAAUAGUGAUUCUGUUGGCUCUAACGUUGGCCGCCUCCGCGAGGCACAUCACGCUUGAAGAUGUCAUCGAAUUAGAAAAGAACACUCCAUACGAUUACAUCAGGAGCUUACCACUGUUCGACGAAGUCCUUAUAGCUGAAAAGGAUGGUAAAAGUUCAUCCAGAAUCGUCGGUGGUUCAUUUGCUGCACUUGGACAGUUCCCGUAUCAGGCAGGACUUCUAAUUCAUUUACCCUAUGGUACUAGCGUCGCGAGUGCUAUUCUAAUCUCCAGUAACAGAAUACUAACUGCUGCCCACAAUAUAAACGAUGGCGUAUCAAAUGUUCCAAGCGUAACUGUGGUCCUUGGUGCCAUUACUUUAAUGGGUGAUGGUGUGAGACAAACAACAGACGACUUUGUUGUGCACGAAAAUUAUGAUAUUUCUAUAUUCAGAAGUGACAUUGCUAUAAUCAAUCUGCCAUCUCCAGUUCAAUUUUCAAGUAACCUCGCUCCUAUUGCUCUUCCUUCUGGUUCUCAACUCCAAGAAGAUUUCGCUGGUGAAGUUGCAAUCGCCUCUGGUUUUGGAAACAACCCUUCAAUUGGUGGUAUACAUGCGAAUCAGCCACUUAGCUUCGUGGACUUGCCUGUGAUGUCGAAUGGUGACUGCGAACAAAUUUACGGAUCGAUUAUUCAGCCUGGCGUUGUCUGCACGGUCGGUGUUGCGGACAAAAAUAUCUGUGGCGGUGACUCUGGUGGUCCUCUCGCUGUCGAGAGGAAUGGAAACCCCCUCUUGAUCGGUGUUGUUUCAUUUGGGCCCAGAUUUUGUGGACUUCAAGGUCCUGGGGGCUACUCCAGGGUUACCCACUACAUUGACUGGAUAAACGAACGUCUUUAAAAUAUUCAUUAUAAAAAUAAACUUCUUAAAUGCAAAAUAAUA